UUUUCGCCGGUUAUUGUCCUUUCCUUGCCGGCUAUUUUUGAAUGCGUAAAAAAAAUAAAUUGAUAAUAACAAUAUUAUAUUAUUGAAAAAAUAAUUCUUUUAUUCUAAUUAUCAGCUUUAACUAUAAACAGAAGCUGCAAAUUUAGGAAAAUCCCCUUCCGUAUAUAAAACUGUAACCGAGUUGCUAUUUAUAAAAUCGUAUGCGCGCGCAUGUCUCAAUUUGGUAAACAUUGUCGUGCAAUCAUGGACAUACGAAGUUUUUUUAGGAAACGGCAAGCCGGAGAGGAUAGUGAUCCUACAGAAGAAAGUUCUGCAAAGAUGCAAAAGGGUCCACCAACUGAUGUAACAGAAGAAUUUGACAUAAAUGAAAAUGUUGUAAAUGUGACAAACAGUACCACUAGACAGAGUACAUGCAGUUCAUUGUCAGCUCCUGAUAAUGUUUCAAGUUUAAAUUUGUCUUCAAAUGCUUUAUCGCCAGAGGCUCACAAAUUACUGAUAGAACAACAAUUUCCAAACAUAGAUAUUAGUAAAAUUCACAAUUAUUCAUUGUGCAACUCCCGUGGAUGUUCUUCUUUUAGCACUGAGGAAAAAAGAAGACAAUCAACACUUAAAGAAAAAUUUGAUCAUUCCUGGCUAAAUAGCAAUAAACUAUCAUAUUGUCAAACAACUAGGCUUUGGAAUUUCACUUUUAUUGAAGGUGAUGGUUUAUACUGUAUUCUGUGUAAAAAACAUGAUAUGAAAAAUCCUAGAAAUAAAUCCAGUGUGUUUUCACAAGAAGCAAGUAAACGUUUUAGAAAGGGAACUUUAUAUGAUCAUAUAAAAUGUCAAAAACACCAGGACGCCAAAUCAUCUGAAGUUCUCAAUAGAGUAUCUGUCUUUCAAAAGGAAAUUGAACAUAAAGAAUCUGUCAAUCAGGAAAUCCUUUACCAAGUUUUUUAUUCCUUCUUCUUUCUUGCAAAGGAAUCAAUAGCAAAUUGCAAAAUUGUUCAAUUUUUAAAAUUUAUUGAGCAUAUUGGAUUGAAUGAUCUGAAAUAUUUUACCCAUAGAUCUGUACAAUCUCGUCGAGACAUAUUAUUGAAAUUAUCUGACACAGUACAAAAUAAUUUACUAGAAAAACUACAUAGUGCAACCAGCUACGGUUUACUUAUUGAUGAUAUGUCUGAUGUUGCAACAAUCGAACAAAUGAUUUGUUAUGUACAAUACGUGGAUCCUGAUUCCAAUGAAGUUAACACUGAUUUUUUAUUUAUUUGUAAUUUAUUGGAAAAUUCUGAUUCUGCCAAUUCACAAACACUAUUUGAUGUGCUUUGCAUGAAAUUGAACGAAUUACAAAUGGAUGUUAAAAAGAUUUCUGGUUUGUGUACUGAUGGGGCUUCUGUAAUGGUGGGUAAAAAGGAUGGUCUGGCCUCAAAAUUGAAGAAAGAGAACUCCUCUCUAAUUGCAGUUCAUUGCAUAUGCCACAGACUAGCUUUAGCUUGUACUGAUACCAAUGUUAAACUUAAAUCAAUAGGCAAUGUGGAACAAAUAAUGUUACAAUUAUGGAAGUUGUUCCACUAUUCACCAAAAAAAAUGGCACUUUUUUUGAAACAUUUGCAGAAUUAUCGUAACCUUAUAAUUAACACUUCUAUUGAGGAAAAAUGCUGUAAAAUUUUGAAAAAAGCCUGUAAAACCCGUUGGCUAAGCUUUGAUGCUUCAAUUCAAGCUGUCUGGGAGGAAUUAGUUCCUGUUGUGCAAACUCUGAGUGCAAUUUCCGAAUCAGAUGCCACCGCUUACGGAUUACUUAAAAGAAUGAAUUGCACAAUUUUUGUAGGAAUUGUCUACAUUUUGAAAGAAAUUUUACCGGUUUUAGCUAGAGUGAGUAAAAUUUUCCAACGAGGCUAUUUCAACUUCAGUUCCAUUCAACCUACCUUAGAGUGUGCCCAAGGAGAACUCCAACAUAUUUCUGACAAUCUUACACCAAUCAAAAAUCUUGAAAAAGACAUUCAGUCUGAUGGAAGACUUGGUCUUUUGGCCCUUGAAUUAAAGGAUGGUACCAAAACCAACUUACAACACACACUAGAAAACUAUGUGCAGUCUUUGAUUGACAAUAUUUCUAAACGUUUUCCAGAUGUUGCAAUAUUAAGUGCCUUAGGGAUUUUUAAUCCUGUCAUAAUUCCAGAUAAAAAGAGUACUGAGUUCAUGAAUUAUGGAGCUUCAUCUAUAGAAACAAUUUUCGCUCAUUUUUAUUCAAAUGAUGAGGAUAUAACUAUAGAUGAAUGUUUAGCGGAAUGGAAUUUGUUGAAAUACCACUUAAUUAAAAUGAAACCAGACAUUCCUUCGCAAUGUGAACUCGAUUCACAGUUGCGUACAUCCACUGAGUGGUGUCUUAGGCAAAUUGUCUUGAAAAGACAUGAGUAUAAACAUGUGUGUCCACAUUUAGCAAAUAUUGCAGAAAUUGUUUUAACAGUGCCAGUUAGCAACGCAUGGCCUGAGAGAGGCUGUUCAAAGGUAAAGAUAAUAAAAACUGAUCUUAGAAAUCGCCUUAAAAAUGAUGUCCUAAAUGGUUUGAUGAUGAUAUCCAUAAAUGGUCCACAAACUUGUUCACAUGAAUGUGACAAAGUGGUGAAUGAUUCUGUUAAGUUAUGGCUUGGAGAAAAGAACAGAAGAAAAUUACCAUCAAAAAACAAAGGACAAGUUGAAAUGGAAAUGAAUAAACCCUCAGCACAUGCUACACCUAUUGACAAUGUUCAAAUACAACUACCAACAGUUCAUAAUGAGAAGCCUGACAACAAUUCUGAAUUGGAACCUAAUCCAAAUGCAUAUGAUGACCCUGAACUUAAUGAAAGAGAAAUUGAAAAAACAUUGUUACAACUCAAAAUUGUCAGAUCUUUGAUUGAAGCCAAAACCUGCAGGGAGGCAGAGAGUGACAGUGAUUCAGAUACAGAGUUUUUGUAAUAAAAAUUCAAAUGACAUUUGAAACAUUUUAUAAUCAAUUAAUUAACAAGUAUUAAAACAUAAAUGAUGUUCUCAAUGUCAGAAUUAUAAUUUUCACUUAAAACUAAAUAAUUCAAGUGAUAAAUCAAACAAAUCUUUGGAUUCUCUCAGAUCAACCAUAUUCACAAGCAGUCAACUUGCAGGAAAAUGCACAGAAAUGUUUAUUUAAUCACGUAAGUUGCAAACAUAACAGCAGUUCUAGGUCUGGAUCAAAUGCGAAUUUCAAUAUGAUAAAAUUUACAUAAAAUUAAACCACAAGCCUUCUAAUUUUUAUGAAUCAUUUACAUCAUCUUCAUUAAAAAGUGAUGUUUUCAGGGAUCUGAAUAAGGGUCUAGGAGACCCCCAGAAUGCAGGAUUUUGCACCAUUUUCCAAAAAUUUUCUGGGGCCCUUGAGCGGGCCCCAGACCCCCGGCCGUAAGCGCGACGAGCAAGCUCGUCGCCGCGAACGGCUGCGCCGUCCGCAUUGUAUAGCCGCCUAUUUUAGAAAUUCAGCCUGCUUCAUCAAAUCUUAC